AUGGGAGCGGCGAGCACUGAGUGCGGCCCGCAGCGCGGAGGGCAUCGCUCUCCUGCCGCCCACCCGGCCAGGAUGCCCAGGGCAGGGAAGGCGGGCCGGUCCCUGGGACUGCCGCGUGUCUUCUCCUUCUGUCUGUUCUUGCACAGCUCCUCGGCUCAGAUCCGGUACAUCAUCCCGGAGGAGCUCACCCGGGGCUCCUUCGUGGGCAAUAUCGCGAAGGACCUGGGCACCGAUGUGGGGAAACUGGCAGCAGCUAAUCUGCAGGUACUGUCCGAUUCGGAUUCCCAGUACUUCUCUGUCAACGUGAACACUGGGGUUAUCAUGGUCAGCGAGAGGAUUGACCGGGAGCAGCUCUGUGGGCAGAACCCCCGCUGCUUCCUCCACCUGAAACUUGCCAUCGAGAACCCGGUGGAGUUUUAUCGGAUCGAGGUGGAGAUCCUGGACAUCAACGAUAACCCCCCGGAGUUCCCUGCUGAGGAGGUCUCCUUGCGCAUCUAUGAGCUGGCAUCCCUGGGUGCCCGCUUCCCCAUCCAGCCUGCCCAGGACCCUGACGUGGGCACCAACACCUUGCAGACCUACCACCUGAGUGCCAACGAGAACUUCAACCUCAACGUGAAGGCGCGCACAGACGGUGGAAAGUUUCCUGAGCUGGUGUUGGAGAAGGCUCUGGACCGGGAGCUCAGAGCUUUCCACUAUCUGGUCCUGACUGCUGAGGAUGGAGGUUCUCCUCCUCAGUCCAGCAAGAUACGCAUCACUAUUCAGGUCCUGGAUGCCAAUGACAACCACCCGGUCUUCGACAGACCAUCCUACGGAGCUCGCUUGGUGGAGAACUCACCACUGGGCACCCUCGUGGUGAAGUUAAAUGCCACCGAUGUGGACGAAGGGCCCAACGGAGACAUCCGCUACUCCCUCAGUAGCCACAACUCGGCUGCCUUACGCCAGAUCUUUGCCAUCGAUGAGCAAACUGGGGAGAUUCGGGUCCAGGGGAACCUGGACUUCGAGGAGGCGACUGUGUACGAGAUUGAAGUGGAGGCCAAAGACAUGGGGUCGCCCAGGAUGGAGGAGCACUGCAGCGUGGUGGUGGAAAUCACCGAUGUCAAUGACAACGCCCCUGAGGUCAUUCUCACCUCCUUCUCCAGCUCCCUGAGUGAGGAUGCACCCCCAGGCACAGUGGUGGCUGUCAUACACGUCAGAGACAGGGAUUCUGGGGAUCAGGGCAAGGUCCAGUGUCACGUGUCUCCAGAUCUUCCCUUCCAGCUGCGUAAGGACUAUGAGCACCAGUACUCGCUGCUAACCAGCACCCGUUUGGACCGGGAGCGUGUUGCCUACUACAACGUCACGGUCUCUGCCUCGGACCUGGGCAGUCCACCUCUCUCCCACCACACCAUCUUGCCAAUCAUCCUGGUAGAUGUCAAUGACAACGCUCCCCAGUUUGAGCAAGCAUCCUACGAAGUGCUGGUGGCAGAAAACAACCCUGCGGGCAGCGUGCUGGUUGCAGUUUCUGCUACCGACCCAGACUCGGAGCAGAAUUCCCGCCUCUCCUACUCCAUCCUGCGAGCUGGUGGGACAGAUCCAGGCCUGGAUCCUACUCGCUACCUCUCUAUACAUCCCACAAGUGGGCAGGUCUCUGCCAAACUCCCUUUUGACUAUGAGCAAACCACCUAUCUCCAGUUCCACGUGGAGGUCUCUGACGGUGGCUCCCCAGCCCUGAGGAACAGGACACUGGUUCAUGUUUUUAUAGUGGACCAGAAUGACAAUGCCCCCCAGGUGCUUUUCCCCAGGGCUGGGGAGGACUCAGCUGCCCAGUUCCGGAUCUCCCGCUCCACCACCCCUCCUGCUCUCAUCACCAAGGUGAUGGCAAUAGAUGCAGACUCGGGGCGCAAUGCCUGGCUCUCCUACCACCUCGUGGAAGCCACAGAGCCGGGGCUUUUCAGCGUGGCCCUGCGCUCCGGAGAGAUCCGGAUCACACGGACCGUGCAGGAGACGGAUGCUUCUGCUCACGAACUGCUGGUGGUGGUCCGGGACGCUGGGGAUCCUCCGCUCUCCACAGCGGUCACACUGGUGGUGCUGGUGGAGGAGGAGGGUCCGGAGGCUUUGCAGGGCUCUGAGGCUGGGGUCGCUGAUGGUGGGGGCUUACCCACGAUUACACUUUAUCUGAUCGUGUCCCUGGUGCUCAUCUCCACCGUCUCGCUGGUGGGACUGGCAGUGCUGGGCGUGCGGUGCCUCCGGCGGGGCUCGGCGCCAGCCAACCAGGGCUGCUGCGUGGAGAGCGUGAACACCCUGCAACCCCCUCCCAGCCACAUUUUUGGGCACUUGCACUAUGAACCUAAGCAAGGGGACACGGUGAUGGGCGUCCAGGUGACGGCCACCGCACCCCCCGCCCCGCGUUACCGCUCCUGCUUUUCGCCUGUCUCGGACAUCAGCGAGUUCAUGUUUGUGAAACCCUCCGGGGGUCCAACCGGUGCCAACCCGCAGGAUUCCACCCUGCGUAUCGAGCAAGCUCAACCCAACACAGACUGGCGUUUCUCCCAGACCCAGAGACCUGGAACCAGUGGCUCCCAGAAUGGAGAGGAAGGUGGAGCCUGGCCAAACAACCAGUUUGACACGGAGAUGCUCCAAGCCAUGAUCCUGGCUUCAGCAAAUGAAGCUGCUGAUGGGAACUCGACCCUGGGUGGUGGGAACGGCACCAUGGGGCUGAGCGCCCGCUACGGCCCCCAGUUCACCCUGCAGCACGUCCCCGAUUACCGGCAGAACGUUUACAUCCCCGGCAGCACCGCCACCCUCACCACCGCCCCCGGCAAGCGCGAUGCCAAGAACGCCGGAGCCGCGGGGGGCAACAAGAAGAAAUCUGGGAAGAAGGAGAAAAAAUAAAGAAGAAGAAGAAGAAAGAGAGCUUAGAACUCCCGGGCAGGCAGCUCCCAGCACUCCCCACUCCUCAAAUCACAGCCCAGGCCGGAGCACGAAUGUCAAUUUUGUUGUAGCUUUUUCAUUUUUUUUAUUUUUUUUUUCCUCUUUUGUGAUGCAAAGAGCAGGAAAAGGCUGCGAAUGUAUCUCGGCAUCAUCAGAGCUAGGAGCAGGGGGUUUGCUGCUGUUAGAUCUCAUGAUGGAAACCAAUCUGGAAGCUGACCCAAACCUAAACAAGUGCCCUGUGAAUAUUUGCUGAUGUUUUAUACUCUCCCUCGGGGUGUGCAAGGCUGGAAGGUCUUUUGUCAUCCUCUUUGGACCCAAUUUGCUCCCAGACAGGUUGAGAAAGGCACAAGGCUCCUGCUCAGCUUUGCCCAGUGUGGGUAAUUUGAACAUGGAGCUUUUAAUUUAUAGUCCUCCAGUCAUCGUGGGGAUUUUUAUUUUUAUUUUUUGGAAAGGCAAAGGCAGUUCCCAGCUGGGUAUCUCUGCUCUUCAACUUUCCACUAGGAAAAUCCCCCCCACCCCCUGUAAAGGACAGUGAUGGAUUUGUUGCUGUUGGUCAGGAGUGCUUCAGUUCCUGCUUAGCUACUGUCCCCCCCAAAA